UAAAAAGGGGAUUUUCUCCAAAUGAUAAUACCAACAGUUUUUUCCCCCAUUUUUCUCUCACUCGCUCUUCCUCCGUAUUUCUUCUCUCCCACUCGCACGACAACACCACCGCUCACCGAAUAACAGAUAAAACAAGCCAUUCACCGUAGCUACUAGCUUCAGAGCAAGCAGCAGAGAAAAGAAGAAGAACAAGAGAAAAAUAUCACGGCAAUGUCGUCGACACGAAGAAACCCGCCAUUUUUGCUUAUUCUCUUCCUCUCCGUGCUCAUUUCCUUUCUUUUCGUCUCCUCCACCGCAGCUCCCGGAGCUGAAACUGCGACGUUUCAUUUCCGAGCUCCUCGAUUUCCCGAAAUUUCGAGAGCUGGGCAUGGCUUAGUGUCGCCAUUCGGCAUACGACGCCAUCUCGCCGACGGCAACUCGACGGCUGCCGGAGAUGGGAAUUCGACGACUCUGGUGUUGGCUGAAGAGAGGACUCGAAGGAAAGACCCUUCGGAUAACAUGAAAGUUUACACUGGUGGAUUCAACAUCAGCAAUCAACACUACUGGACUUCUGUGAGUGGAACAGCAGCACCAUUCUUUUCCAUAGCUGGAGUUUGGUUUGUUGUCUUUGGGAUAUCUCUGGUCUUCACCUGUCUAUGCUGUUGCUGUUGCCGGAGAGAGCCUUAUGGCUACUCUCGAACUUGCUACGCCAUCUCCCUCGUCUUGCUCAUCCUUUUCACCAUUGCUGCAAUUGCUGGAUGUGCUGUUCUCUAUACUGGACAAGGGAAGUUCAUCGGCAUAACAUCAGACACAUUGGACUAUGUAGUGAGCCAAGCUGAUGUUACUGCCGAAAGCCUCAAGAAUGUGUCCGGUUACCUGGCUGCAGCGAAGUCGAUUGGCGUGGACUCGAUCUUCUUGCCUCCUGAUAUGCGGGGUAAACUCGAUGGCCUUGUGGCGAAGGCCAAUUCGUCUGGGAACACUUUGUCCAGCCGUACUCAGGAUAACAGGAAGAAGAUUAAGGAUGGGUUGAAUAGCGUGAGAUUGGCUCUUGUUAUCCUAGCAGCUGUUAUGCUUGCUUUGGCAUUUCUUGGCUUCUUAUUCUCCAUUCUUGGGAUGACUUGCCUUGUGUACUUCAGCCUGGUGAUUCUAGGAUGGAUCCUCGUUGCUGGUACAUUUAUCUUGUGUGGUGUAUUUCUUCUUCUCCAUAAUGUGGUGGCCGAUACAUGUGUGGCAAUGGACGACUGGGUCCAGCACCCUACAGCUAAGACGGCCAUGGACGAUUUCAUCCCCUGUGUGGACAAUGCAACUGCACAAGAAACCUUGGUGCAAUCGAAGCAGGUCUCUUUCCAGCUCGUCAACAUAGUCGACAACGUCCUCGCCAAUUUCUCCAACCGCGACUUCCCGCCACAACUUGGACCUCCUCUCAACUACAACCAAUCCGGUCCCUUGGUUCCUGUUCUCUGCAACCCCUUCAACUCCGAUCUCACCGUCAAGGACUGCGCUCCAGGGGAAGUCGGCUACCAUAAUGCUACUGAGGCGUGGAAAGCCUACGUGUGCCAGGUCUCGAGCACGGGCAUAUGCACGACGCCCGGUCGACUGACUCCGUCGCUGUACUCCCAGAUGGCAUCCGCGGUGAACGUGAGCUACGGGCUGUAUCGCUAUGGCCCGUUCCUCGUGGAGCUCGAAGACUGCACGUUCGCGAGGAGGACGUUUACCGACAUCAGCAAUUCGUACUGCCCCCACCUCCGACGCUACACGCAGUGGAUCUACGUCGGGCUGGUGGUCGUCUCGGCUGCUGUGAUGCUGUCGCUGAUCUUCUGGGUGGUCUACGCCAGGGAGCGACGCCACCGUGUGUACACCAAGCAGUUCAUGACUGGUGGUGGAGAACAGAACAAGGGCCCGGGGCAUAUGUGAAGAAGGGGUUUUGAUUGAUUGAGUACAGCUUCUGUAAAUCUUAGUUGUUGUUGUUCUAGGUGUGAGAUAUAUACAUGUAGAUUGGACGAGUAAUUUAAGCACUGUAAGAAGUUAAUUAAUGUCGGUUUUUUGGUAUUGUGCAUGUGCUUAAUUGAACUAAUGAAGCAAUAACGUUAAGUCCAGGUUGUAACUCAUUUAGAGACAAAUAAUAGAACUUAGAUUUCUUGACAUUGAUCAUAGAAGAAGAACAUGCAUGAAUCUGAGAUGCAGAUCUUUUUCUACUUGAUACGUCUAUUAUUCGAGGAGUUUGUGUACAAGAAAUUUGACCUACAAUAAGUAACUAUGUUUUGUUUUUGUUUUUGCAUAAGAGUACAA